CAACUUGUUAUAUAGUAUGAAUAAUCACGCACGUGUUGUUGAAAUGUUGUUGAAAAUGGCAAGACAUAAACAGGGUAGAAACAAGAAGAAACAUACACCAAAGAAUAGAAAAGGACUACAUCAGAAGGAAAAGGGGAGGCUAAGGUGUCCAGUUCUCACGAUGAAGAAGUUGACAGUGAUCCAGAAUCCGAUGAUUUAGAAGUUGUCAGUACCAACAAGAAUGUCAAACAUGAGAAUAAUGAUGAAGAGUCCGAUAUGGACUCAGAUGAGGAGAUGGCACAGACACGGAAACUUGUCACACAACAAAACAGAAAGAAGAAAAAGUCUGGUGGCUUCCAAGCUAUGGGGUUGUCAUACCCUGUCUACAAGGGCGUCACAAGGAAGGGCUACAAGAUACCAACACCCAUACAGAGGAAGACAAUCCCACUCAUCAUGGACAGUAAGGAUGUGGUUGCCAUGGCCAGGACAGGAAGUGGUAAGACUGCAGCGUUUCUCAUUCCAAUGUUUGAGAAGCUGAAAGCCCAUUCUGCUAAAGGAGCCAGGGCCAUGAUAAUGUCACCCACCAGGGAGCUGGCACUGCAGACACUCAAGUUCACAAAGGAGCUGGGAAAAUAUACUGGUCUGAAGGCUGCCGUUAUCCUUGGUGGAGACAGGAUGGAGAACCAAUUUGCUGCAUUACAUGAAAAUCCAGAUAUCAUCAUCGCAACACCUGGACGUUUUCUCCAUGUCAUCGUGGAGAUGGACAUGAAGCUGAAGUCUGUGGAGUACAUUGUGUUUGACGAAGCUGACAGGUUGUUUGAGAUGGGCUUCCAGGAGCAGCUCCAUGAGAUUAUCCACCGGCUGCCUGAGUCACGCCAGACUCUGCUCUUCUCGGCCACGCUGCCUAAACUUUUGGUGGAGUUUGCUAAAGCCGGACUGACGGACCCCACACUCAUCAGACUCGACGUUGACAGCAAGCUCAGUGAAAAUCUCAAGCUUUCCUUCCUGGCCUGUCGGGCUGUCGACAAGCUGCCCCUCCUCAUCUACCUGCUACAGUCUAUUAUCAAGGCCAAGGAGCAGACGGUCGUGUUUGCCGCCACCAAACAUCAUGUGGAAUAUCUAAACAUGGUCCUGUCCAAGGCCGGAAUCCCAUCCAGCUACAUAUACAGUUCCCUGGACCAGACGUAUCGUAAAAUCAGCGUGGCCAAGUUCCAGCACAAGAAGGUCAAUGUGAUGAUAGUUACUGAUCUGGCAGCCAGAGGCAUUGACAUACCAAUGUUGGACAAUGUCAUCAAUUUCAACUUCCCAGCAAAGUCCAAGCUUUUUGUUCAUAGAGUUGGUCGUGUUGCUAGAGCUGGUCGUAGUGGAACUGCCUACAGCCUCGUAGCCCCCGAGGAAGUGCCCUACCUCUAUGACCUUCACGUGUUUCUGGGGAGGGCUGUCAGGACUGUUCCCAAAGGCAAAAAAAUCACAGAUGAUGGUUGGUGGUUCGGUGAGGUGCCGCAGCGAGUGAUAGACAGUGAGGCAGAGAUGGUGAGGCAGCUGCACGACGAGUCUGUGGACCUGCAAAACUUGAAGCGUGUGAGUGAGAAUGCCUACAAGCACUACGUCAAAUCUCGACCUCUGCCAGCCCAAGAGUCUGUAAAGAGAGUGAAAGAUGUUGACAAGUCAGGGGUGAAACUGGGUGCUCACCCUUGUUUUGCCAGUGUCAAGACUGGAGACGAGUCUGAGCGGCUGAACCUGCUGGAUGCUCUCCGUAGCUACAAGUCAAACACAACAAUAUUUGAAGUGAAUUCCACCAACAAGAAUCCAUCAUUUGAUGUGAUGAAGAACAAGCGAACAUGGCAUGAGAAGGUGGUCUGCAGCAACCGACUGAAGGAGGCCAACAUGCGGGACGCAGACAUGGAAGAGGAGGAUCAGGAGGAGGAUCAGGAGGGGGAGGAGGAAGCAAAUCAGGAGGAUGUUAAGAACGUGUUCAGCACUGUGAUUGCACCCAGCAAGCAUCACUCUGGCAGGGAGACCUCCCAAAGGAGGAAGGGGAAGAAACGGAAACUCACAGACAUCAAAGAUGAAGAGAACUAUCUCCACUACCGUCCUGCUGACUACCAGAGUGAAAAAGGCCUGAGCGUCAGCAGUACAUUUGAGCAGCAGGCCUCAAGUGCUGUUCUGGAUCUCACAGGGGAUGACGAGACCGGGAUCAAGAAGAAAAACAAUCAGCUGAAAUGGGAUAGAAAGAAGAAGAAGUUUGUCCGAGAAGAACAAGACCCGAAGAAGAGGAAGAUAAAAACAGAGAGUGGUACCUGGAUCUCAGCCUCUUACAAGUCCAAUGCUUACCGUGACUGGCGAGACAAACACAAGAUUGACUCCAACCCAGGGGACAGUGAUGGCGAAGGUCAAAAGUCAAGGUCAGGAAGACCAGGCCGCCUAGUGGUAAUGGGCUCCAAGGGACGACUGUGGCACACCAAGGGAUCUGAAGAAGCUUCAGGAACUAAGAAGAAGAAACAGUUUAAGGAACUGAAGUCAAUCGAUCAAAUAGCAAAGAAUAGAAACCAAAAAAGCAAAAUCCAGAAUUUCCAGAAACACAGAAGGGAAGAGAAACGUAAGAGGAGAACAUUUAAGAACCAGAAGAUGAAAAAACAAAAAUAAUUGGAAACAGCUUCCGUCAGUCAUUGAGUUCAUCAUCGGUUUUGUUAAUAUGUGGUCUACAUCAAGAAACUGUCAAGAUGUGCGUGUCAGACAGUAACAGAAGUGUUUACAAUGUAUGCUACUCUGAAUUAUGGUUCAGAAGUAUGAAAACUUCUUGCAAUGGGACAAGCUGCUUGUGACAAGUCUUACUUAUCAGCAGGUGUUGUGUUGCAGUGGAUAACCACCUGUUUGUGUUGAGAUGGAGUAGCUACUUGCAAGAGUAAUGCCUGGACAGUUGCACUAUACGCCCACUGCUGAAAUGCCUAAAAUAUAUGACAUACGAGAGGCUGGUUGGAGAGGUCUGAAGGUUAAAGUCUUACAAUAAACUUGUUUCAUUGUUAAGCUAACAACUAUGUCAAAGUAUUAAUGUUUUGUUUGUUGAUUUAUACCUUCAUCCUGCUCUAUAGGUAAAUUGUUGUGAUGCUUCCAUACAGGUGUGGCAGUGCCAAUCACAGCUGAAUAACAUUAUGUCCACAGUAAUUCAUGUCUGUGAGUAUGCAAGGUUUAAACGUGCAGAAUUUGAGAAUAAAGUAUUCCAUGCUU